AUGCGUUAUUCCAUCGUUGCGACGGCGGCACUCGUUGCAGGUGCUAUCGUCCCGGCUAUUGCUCUUCCCAUUGAUUUGAAUACUCGUGGAUUCUAUGACGGGUCGCUUGAUGCCCGUGCCGUUCAGGCUCGCUCUCCUGCGCGGAACCGCACCCCUUCGCCCCCGCCGCCUCCCCCUCCGCCGCCAAACACCCCGGAACCGGAGGAGAAGAACCAUAGGAAACACAAGCGCGAUCUAUACGACGUCAUUGAAUACUUGCAGGCUCGCUCUCCUGCGCGGCAUCGUACCCCUUCGCCUCCUCCGCCGCCUCCUCCUCCGCCAAACACCCCAGAGCCGGUGGUGACGAAUUUGAAUCAUAGGAAGCACAAGCGCGAUCUCUAUGACAUCGUUGACUACUUGCAGGCUCGCUCUCCUGCGAGAAAUCGCACCCCUUCACCUCCGCCGCCUCCUCCGCCGCCGCCAAACACUCCAGAGCCGGUGGAGAAGAGCUUGAAUCAUAGGAAGCACAAGCGCGCCGAUUUGGAAACCUUCGCGGAUCUGUUGGCUAGGAUGAAAAUCGAUGACCUGGAUUGAUGCGUAGUUGCUGAUUAUGCUCUCCGUGAAUCAAUCACGUCCCCAUGUACUCAGUACUCAGAGCAAGUUGUCGUCAUGUAUGUGCUUUCAGUGUUCGCUAACCGGCCUGGGGGUGUGCCAC